GAAAACUUGUACCUACAACUUAGAAGGUGCUGGUUUUCCUUUGGACUCUAGGUGGUUGUUGAUCCCUAAAUAUUUAAUUAUAUUGCUUUGUAAAAAUACGAUCAUUUUAAUAUUUAUUGUCCCUGAACGGUAGGAUAGUAAACGAUAUAGUGUUAUCGUGCACCGAGUAAUGAAAGAAGAUGCCAUCAUUUGAUUAUCCACAUGGUUUAACUCGUUUAUUACGUUCUAUUUCUUUGGCGUGUUCUUACAAUUUUUCUUGUGAAAAACGAAGACUUUCCUCCUAAACAACGUCAAAAUCUAACAUCUUCAAGUUGACUGUUUAAAAAGAACCUGUACAAUUCGACGAUGAACCAGAACUGAUAUUAACAUAUGUAUUUAUUCAGACAGAAAUUUAACGUAGUUCAAAAUAAAAAAUCUCUUCAAACAAAUACACUUCACUGGUCCACUCGAUCUAAGUGCGAUGAAGAUACUGUUAACAAUAAUUUUACGAUAAACUUUCGAAUAUAAAAGGACCAACGUUCAGUAAUUCUGGACAAACAAGCAAAAUGUUCAAGUUGCUUCUACUCAGUUGCCUACUGUUGGGAUCCUUGCACUUGGCCAAAUCUCAGUGUGCUACUCCCAGUCCUACAACGGCGACCGGCACACACGCACCAACCGGCCAAAUAUGCUCUGGUGAUCUCAUCUUCGAAGACGACUUUGACAUUCUUAAUUUGCAAAAGUGGAACCACGAAAUUACAGUCGGCGGAGGUGGCAACUGGGAAUUUGAAUGGUACACAAACAGCAGAUACAACAGCUACGUUGACGGAGGAUCUUUGUUUCUGAAGCCAACUCUCGUAGCCGACGAAAACGGGGAAGAUUUUUUGUGGUCUGGUCACUUGGACAUCAACGGAGGUUCCCCAGCUGACGAGUGUACGAAUCCCGCAUGGUACGGCUGCAUUAGAGAUGGUACCCAAGCCAGCUAUUUGAACCCAGUCAAGAGCGCUCGUGUCCGAACGGUAUACUCCUUCAACUUCAAAUAUGGUAAAGUCGAAGUCAGGGCUAAAUUGCCCGCCGGUGAUUGGUUGUGGCCUGCUAUUUGGAUGAUGCCUAGGUGGAACCAGUAUUCUUCAUGGCCGGCCUCUGGAGAAAUCGACAUUAUGGAAAGUCGUGGCAACCGCGAGCUCGUCAACGCCUCUGGUGUCAAUAUUGGUACCCAGCUGGUGAGCUCCACCCUCCACUGGGGCCCAGCAUGGAACAUCAAUAUGUAUCAGUUGACACACGCCGAGAAACAAAAUCCCGUUGGUUUUGAUGCGGAUUGGCACAACUAUCAGUUGCUCUGGGACGAGAACAGUCUUCAGUUCUCCGUAGAUGAUGAGGUUUUGUCCCGAUUUGAACCACCAGCGGGUGGGUUCUGGGAAUGGGGUAAUCUUGAUUCUUCCGGUUUUGAUAAUCCAUGGAAGAGGAGCAAUUCGAAACUGGCGCCUUUCGACCAGGAGUAUUAUAUCAUUCUAUGUUUGGCCGUCGGUGGCCUAGGUUAUUUUCCUGAUGAUGUUACUAAUCCUGGUGGUAAACCCUGGUUGAACACAUCUCCUGUUGCUACUACAGAUUUCUGGAGGGGUAAAGAUCAAUGGCUGCCCACUUGGCAACUGGAAACUGAUAAUGCUGCUUUCCAAAUUGACUAUGUGAGAGUGUGGGCCUUGUAA